CUCAGUACUGACCGGCAGCGGUCAUGAUAACUUCGCCCUGCUUGUUGACGGGUGUGUCGUUCUCUCGCAAUCGUGUUAGUGCUGAACCUCUUCGGUUCGGCAACCCGCCGCCUUCGACCUAUUACCACCAGUCGUUUUCCGGUAUCAGCAGGGUUGAAGUUGUGUCUUUGCUGUCGGUUGUGCCCGUGGUGAACGCCUGGGGUUCGGAUUACGCGUCCUUAUCGGCGCAUCUUCAUAUCCUGCACUGGGAGUUGCUCUUGGGGUUUGAGGGUAGUAGCGUCGCACGGUUACGGCAACAACAGCAGUUGCACGAAUAUCGCAGACGCAGGGCUACGCCCGCUCCGCAUGUUGUCUCCGGACUCUGGAAUACGCUCGCCGUCUUCCAGCCUAGUUCCAGGACGAUUAGGCCUACUAUGGAAACGAGAAAUAGAUAUAAAGGCGAGUUUCGCAGCGGCAGCACAACAGUGAGAGGCGCCGGUAGCGUAGUGGGUUCCGGCGGCGGCACAAUCGGCGGCAGCGUCGGAGGCGGCGGCGGCGUUGGUGGAAGUGUAAGACUGUGCGAGGUGCGGCGCGCGUACAAAGCCGCCGUGGUGCCUUGCAAAACGGGCCGCCGCAGGGCCCGGGGAAUGAGCAUGGGCCAAAAGGUUUCAGGAGGAGUCAAAUCCGUCAGUCGGGACGCGUCCGCCCCUUACAAACCGGUCAUUCCCAGAGAACUCGCACAAGAGUUUCAGCGUCCAGCCCGACUGGACAUGCUACUGGAUAUGCCACCGGCUGUGCGAGAAACGCAACUCAAGUACAGUUGGAACUCGCAGGAUCGAUCACUCAACAUUUUCGUCAAAGAAGACGACAAACUGACCUUCCAUAGACACCCAGUUGCGCAAAGUACCGACUGUAUACGUGGUAAAGCCGGCUUCACCAAAGGUCUCCAUGUUUGGGAGGUAUCCUGGUCGACAAGGCAACGUGGUACCCAUGCGGUCGUAGGCGUAGCCACUGCAGAUGCGCCUUUACAUUCCGUGGGUUAUCAGAGUCUCGUUGGUAGUACUGAUAACUCCUGGGGAUGGGACCUAGGUUUUGCAGGCCGAAACAAAUUAUAUCACGAUUCAAAGAACAACGCAGGUGGAGUAACAUACCCGUCAUUACUCAAACCAGACGAGACAUUCAUCGUGCCAGAUAAAUUCCUAGUUAUUUUGGAUAUGGACGAGGGAACGCUGAGUUUCAUGGUCGACGGUCAGUACCUGGGAGUAGCAUUUAGGGGCUUGAAAGGCCGAAAAUUGUAUCCUAUAGUUAGUGCCGUUUGGGGUCAUUGUGAAAUAACCAUGAAGUACAUUGGGGGCCUUGAUCCCGAACCAUUACCUUUAACUGAUUUGUGUCGACGCGUGAUACGACAGUGUCUCGGUAAACAGAACAUCGAGGACAAAGUGACCAGUCUGAAUUUGCCUCUUCCUCUUCAGACGUAUUUACUCUAUAGGGAUCGUAGAUAAUAAUAAUGCCCAUAUGAGCAAAAUAAAGCAAAUUGCAACCAACCCAACGUGUUCGAUGAAAGACUGCAGUGCAGCAACGUUCUUCUUCGAUCGACUUUGCAUCAUGUCGUAUACAAAAACAAAAAAAAAAAUAACUGACUUCCGAUGGGUGUUUUUAUCCCUCACCGUUUCACAAACAGUUCGUCAAGUGUUGUUAUUGUCGCCAGUAUAAGCAAAAUUAAUAAGAAAAAAUAUUGUCUUCUAGCAUUGGCUUCCUUUGUUAUGUCGUAGUGUAGUACGCACGUGUACAGUUUGUUUUAGUGACGAGUGUGCAAAACCGAUAAUCUUGACAAUUGUUCUCAGUGACUGCGAUUGACACUUGGAUUUUAGGUGCAUAUUUGUUUUGUGUACGUCGUUGAGAAUGCGCCUUAGCACCACAUAAACAUACACACACAUUCAUAUAUAAACACAAACAUUUAUAUACCAUUCACGUUUACACUUGACGAGCUUGUGAUAUAAAUAUCGACGAAGACACUGUGAAUAUUUCGUUAAUUAUAUUUUUUUUGUAUUUUACUGUUUAAUUUAAGUGUAUUUGCAAUUGGUUUCGAUAAAACGUUCGUGUUGCAAGGAUCCAAUAGAUUCUAUUUUUUUGUCAGUUUUUGGGUUCAAUCAGUGGCAUUUAUGUUGUGUAUUAGAUUUUUAACCAAAGGACAAGUGUUGCCGCACAAGUUCAAUUUUUUUACUUUGAAAAUAAAAGGCUGUUCUUUAAUGUGACGACUUUGUAUGAUUUCUGUGUUCGAACAAAUUUGCGACUACUUGUAAACACGAGGGUAACUGAUUUACUUCCAGAUAGUUAAUAUGCUUUCUUCUCAGUUUAUUACACGUAAUUAUUUUUAAUGUCGAGUUCAUAACAAUGUGAUAUUAUUUAAUUUUUAUAUAUUUUACCUUAUUUAAGCUAUUUGAACUGGAAAAAAAGCGAGUCUUCCAGUUUCGAAACGGAUUUUGUUCAAGCACAGAAGUGAUCGUACUGUGUAGAAAAUGACAUUUUUUUAGUUUGUGAAUAUUUGUCGGGUAUUUUGAACCGUUGUAAAUAUUAUAAUGAAAAAGAAGACGUAGAAAACAAGAAGCCAAUGCAACUGUGUGUUUUAAGUUACUUUAUUAGAAAGAAGAAUGUACGGUACUUUCUGUGUUAAAUCUGUAAUACCGACCAAUUUGGCCGAUUUUUCAUUUUAUUACAGUUGAAGCGAACCAGUUAGCAAUUAUUUUUGUAAAUAAGUGCUAGUUUAAUAAUUGACAAACAUUUACUCUUUAACUAAAAGAGUUGUUCUGGAGUCACAUGCGUUAGGCUCUGCAACAGCAAUGAUGUGUGCAUGUGUGUUUGUGUUUGUUAGUGAUGAUGAGAGUGACUGCUCUAGUGUGCGUACGUCUUCCUUUAUUAAUGACGACACCUUGUAGUAAUUUCUCCCUUGUCUCUCUUUCCUGUUACCUUAGUGAAACUGAAAAACAUUUUCGACGGAUCUCAUAGGGAUGUAAACAUUUUUUCCAAUCUAUUAUAACAACGUGUUGGUUGAAAUUAGCUUGCGCGGUAUAUAUUGUCGAUGAUGCAGUGACAAGAGCCGAUUUAGGGAAAUUGAUAAUUGUUAAAUACACUAAGUUUGCCUAAUUAGUCGUAUCUUUAUACUGACAGUGCUCAAAAUAAAGAACAAAUAAAAGAUAUGAAAAGUUGAACAACGAACAUUUAAAUCCAAUUUUAUUGUUUUUCGGUGCCUCAAAAGUAUCACUUGGAAAAGAAACAUAAUCGCAAGUUAUCAUGUGCACCAGUUUCUAUAAGAGAGUGUUAACGUGUUACGUAGGCCAAAUAUUUUAUUUUACUUCUCCACCCUCCCAUUUUAUAAGAAAAAAAUAAAAAAAUUAUGGACUUCCCUCCUUACUCCAAUGAUAAUGUAUAAGAAGUAACUUUUGAAUUCGAAGUGAAAAAUUAAUGAUUAAAUUGUUUUCAAAUUCAAAAACAAAUUAUUCUUAUAAAUAACUAAAUACGUAAUUUCUGUAACGAAAUUUAAUCUCUACACACACACUCUUCAUCUUAAUUUCAACAUCAUUAACAAGAGGUAGCCAAUUUUUAAUUUAAUUCAAAUUGAUUCGUAGCGUUAGAAUACUUGAAAUGGUAAAUUAUUUUAGUUAUCUUAUGGCUUCCUUUCCUCUCUUAUAAGCAAAAAUAAGAAAAAUCGAAUCCCCCCACCCUUGCUAAGUAAUAUUUACAUGCUUAAGUGGUUCAGAACCCUCUUAGUACAACUACUGCAGCAUGAAGGGUUUAGAAACGGCGCAUCACUACUACUAUAGCGUAAUCGGUUUUUUUAUUUUAUUAGCUAAUUCAUUAAAUUAAUAAACGGCUACCUCAACAACAUCAUUGCAUAAAAAAUACUUAGUGGUGCGAUUUACAAGACUGAAAAUGGACGUUUGUUAUAUAUUUGGUAAAUGGGAUUUUGCACGAAUUUUGUAAAUUAAAUUCGAUUAGCUCAUUGUCAGUAAAAUUUUGGAAACGUAAUUGUGAAGGUAUUGAUUGUGAUGGUGAAGUAAAUGUUCAUUCAUUUUUAUAAAUUUAGAAAAAGUGUACUUAUUUCAUGCAAGAUGUUGAUGCGCGAUUUUGUCGUAAUCCUCUGAAUCCAAAACAAUUUGGCACAGCUCUUGAUUUCACUGCGUUAGUAGUUUGGUGUUUAUGUACCUACUGUGUAAGUGCCUAAUCUUUAAUUCGAUCAGUGCUUUUGUGCAGCCCAAGGCAUGGAUAUAAUAUCGAUGAAUGUCAUUUUUUGAGAUUUUACCGAAAUGUGUACAUAACAAAUUAUUUGAUUACUCAAAAAGUACCGAAGUGACGUACGAUUAUUAAUAUUGUUUGCCAAACUUAUUCAUUUCGAAACAUUUAUUUAUAAAUUUACAUGACUAUUAUAAUAUAAGGCGCGUAUUCUUGAAGCAGCCGCUAAAAGUGAUCAGGAUAUUUUAAAUAUUAUAACUUGCGUAAGGAACUCGAAAAUCCUUUUGAUUUUGGACAAGAGAGUAUAUUUUUACUGAGCAGCCGAUAAAAAUGAGAGUGAUUUGUAUAAAAAAUUAAACGAUUUGAUAGAAUACAAGAAUGAAUGUUAGUAAGUUUCACUGGCUAUAUAUCUGAUAAUUUUAAGUUUUUUCUGCUGUGACUGUCAAGGCGUGUAAUUCAAGUACUCGGUGUAUAAUUCGUAGAGUAAGAAUUAAAUAAACCAAUUAAACAACA